CCGUUGCUAUUCUGAACAGAAAGAUGCUAACGAUACCUUUUUAUCAUAGCCUCAUUUAUUUAAAAGUGUAAUUUAAAAAGCAGAAAUGUCGCUUUCAAUGGCUCGGUCAUUCCUGUCUGAAGCUUGUUAUGGGGAGCAGGAGCUGGACGCGAACUCCGCUCUCAUGGAGCUGGACAAAGGGCUGCGGUCGGGGAAGCUCGGAGAGCAGUGUGAAGCUGUGGUGUUGUUCCCCAAACUCUUCCAAAAGUACCCCUUCCCCAUCCUCAUCAACUCCGCCUUCCUGAAACUAGCAGACAUCUUUAGGCUUGGCAACAACUUUCUGCGUUUGUGUGUGCUGAAAGUGACACAGCAGAGUGAAAAGCAUUUAGAGAAGAUUCUCAAUGUGGAUGAAUUUGUUAAGAGGGUGUUUUCAGUCAUACAUAGCAACGACCCCGUGGCCAGAGCCAUCACUCUGAGGAUGCUUGGCAGUUUGGCCUCCAUCAUCCCAGAGAGAAAAAACGCCCACCACAGUAUUCGGCAAAGCUUGGACUCUCACGACAACGUGGAAGUGGAGGCUGCUAUCUUUGCUGCUGCAAGUUUCUCUGCACAGUCGAAAGACUUUGCUGCUGGGAUCUGUAACAAAGUGAGCGAAAUGAUUCAAGGUUUGGACACGCCUGUGGAUCUGAAGUUGAAGCUGAUCCCAAUGCUGCAGCACAUGCAUCAUGACGCCAGCUUGGCGUCCAGCAGCAGAGAGCUCCUUCAGCACCUGGUGAACUCCUACCCUUCCACCCCUAUGGUCAUCGUCUCGCUGCACACCUUCACGCAGCUGGCUGCCUUCUCGCUCAUUGAUAUUCCCAAGCAGUUGCAGCUUCUCCUUCAGUACCUGAGAGAUGAUCCGAGGAAAGCUGUAAAGAGACUUGCGAUAAACGACUUAAAGCUUCUGGCAAAAAAAGCUCCUCACCUUUGGAUCAGAGAAAACACUCAAACGCUGUGUGAAUGUGCCUUGACCAUCCCUUACAACAGUUUGAAGCUGGGAAUGUUGGCUGUCCUCUCAACCCUCUCUGGAACAAUAGCCAUCAAGCAGUACUUCAGCACUGCAGCAGCCGGCUCAUCCAUCCCUCCUCGACUCACUGACCUGGUUAAACUGGCGCAAGAAUGUUGUUACCACAGCAACCUGUCAGUGGCGGCUCAUGGGGUUGUGGUGCUUUCCAGCAUUGCCAUUUCCUGUCCGGAAAAAGAUAUAGUACAGCUGGAGCAGGACACGGUGUUGGGAGUGGAGUCUCUUCUGAUGUUGUGCAGUCAGGACAGUAGCCCCAGUGGACAGGCCACUCUCAAAACGGCGCUCACCUCGCUCGUUAAGCUGCUGAAAAAUCGGCCUCACCUGAGCCAACCGGCUGUGGAAUUCUUGCUCGGCCAGCUCCACUUAUCCUGCGACUCAUCUCGCGUCCUCAUGUGCCACGCCCUGGCGGCCAUCGCCACCCACCUGCCCGUGCUGGGAGACGGCAUGCUGGGAGAUCUGGUUGAUCUCUACCAGGUGGCCGGUCACUCCUCCACCGGGGAGCAGCAGGAGCUUCUGGUUUCCUUGGCGACUGUAAUUUUUGUCGCCAGCCAAUCGUCUCUGUCAUCUGAAGUGAAGACGGUCAUCAAGCAGCAGCUGGAGAAUGUGGCAAAUGGCUGGACGGUGUAUCGCAUUGCACGGCAAGCCUCUCGCAUGGGCUGUCAUGAGUUCUCUAGCGAGCUUUACCAGUGUCUCCGGACUCGUGUGGCGUCGGAGCAUUUCUACUUCUGGCUGAACAGCCUGAAAGAGUUCUCCCAGGCAGAGCAGUGCUUGAGUCAUGUGGAGGAGGGUGACUACAGUGGCGCCAUGAGCGCCAUCGCAGAGGCCCUGCGCUCCUACCAAAAGGGCAUCGCCUCCCUCACGGCCGCCAGCACUCCGUUGAGCCCUCUCACGUUCCAGUGUGAGUUCAUUAAGCUGCGCAUCGACACUCUGCAGGCCCUGUCACAGCUCAUUUGCACCUGCAACAGCCUGAAAACCAGCCCUCCGCCUGCCAUCGCCACGACGAUCGCUCUCACGUCAGGAAAUGACGUCCAGCGCUGUGGCCGCAUCUCAAUGCAGAUGAAGUUCUGCAUGGAUGAGUUCAGAGGUCUUGCUGCCCGCUAUGCUGAUCUGCACCAGUCGUUAUUUGAUGCAGAUUAUGCUACCCUUCGCAACGUGGAGCUACAACAGCAGAGCUGCUUGCUGGUCUCGCAUGUAAUCGAAGCUUUGAUACUGGACCCACAGACAGCCAGUUUUCAGGAGCACGGCAAAUCGGGGUCUGUUCAGACCGAGAGCGAAUAUGAGCGACGGAUGAUGUCGGUGUUUAACCAUGUGCUCGUUGAGGUAGAGGGACUCUCCAAGAAACACCCUCCUGUUUCACACCUGCAUACCAACUGCCUCUGUGAUGCUGUCAUAGCCUUGCUGAAGGUGCCGCUGUCUUUCCAAAGAUAUUUCUUCCAAAAGCUCCAGUCAACCAGCAUCAAGCUUGCUCUCUCUCCGUCACCACGAACUCCAAGUGAGCCAAUCCCAGUUCAGAACAGUCAGCAACUGACUCUGAAAGUGGAGGGAGUAGUACAACAUGGUUCCACACCAGGACUCUUCAGGAAGAUCCAGUCUGUUUGCCUCAAUGUCACAUCAGUUCUACAGAGCAAGACCGGGCCUGACUACAAAAUACCACUUGACAGUAAAACGAAUGAGAUCGAGCAGCGAGUAGAACCUCACAACGACUACUUCAGCACCCAGUUCCUGCUAAACUUCUCCAUCCUGGGCACCCACGUGGUCACCGUGGAGGCAUCUGUGGUGGACGAGAGCGGCAUCGAGUGGAAGACGGGGCCGAAGACGAUGGUGUCCGUCAAGUCCCUGGAGGAUCCCUACUCCCAGCAGCUCCGCCACCAGCUGCAGCAGAGUGGAACGCAGCCUGCCCCACAGAGGAGCUCAUACAUUCGCUUUUAGUCAAUUGCUUUGUUUUUCUGCUGUUUUUUUGUUUGUUUGUUUGCUUUUACAAUUUGAGCUUGUUCACUUUCAUUGUCUUGAAGAAAAUAAAUGUUUUUUUUUUGUUUUUUAACUCCAGUGAUUAAAAGACUUUUAUUUAAAUUAUUUAAGCAUUCAUUAAGUAGCAGUUUUUGGACUCAAAAGAUGCUAAAGACUUGAUGUUAAAUUGAAUAGUAUUACUUGUGUCAAAGAGAACGUGUUAAAUGUCCUUGGUUUAAUCUUUUCCACAUUAUGUAAUACUGGGCAAAACCACCAGGUGGCACAAUAUGAACAUUGCAAAAUAUUUCCAGUUGAUGAGGGCACGUGAAAUACAUUUUAGAGAGUGACGUUUAUGCCAUAUAUAUAGAUAUAUACUGCAUUAACGUAAUAUGUUUAAGUUAUAUUAAUACUUUGAGUCGGAGUUAUUUAGGAAUUGACAAAUUUCUGUUCAAAAUCGGAAGAUCCAAUUAAUCUUUAUUUUCUCAUUUAUUUAUGUGUAGAUAUACACACGAAGUCAAGCCAUCAAUUUUUGACAGCAGGGAGUCUGCGCAGUCCAAGACUAGCGUCAAACAGACAUCAACAUGAAGUCACCCUGAAUAAAAAUUUCACUUCCGGUCAUAUUUUUCACAAUUAAAGUACAAUUUUAGUUGAACAGGGAAAAGUCGUUUUACCAAAACGUAUUUGCAACCUCUGAUAGUUGUUGAAAUAAUUAACAAGCAUGCUUAUAAUUCCAGGAUGUGUUACUGUAAUAUUUUUGAAAACAUUUUCUCCUCAGUAAUGUAAUGCUCUUAGUACAUAAUUUUUUUUAUGAUAAAUUUAUUUAUUCCAAGAUUCUUUUAGAAUGCAUAAAAAUACUAUUUCUUACUUUAGGGAAGGGUGUUUUAUUUGGAAGUUAUUUUAUGAUCAUUUGAAGCUGUUAUUAAAAUUUUACUUUGAUUUACAAUAAAUUUCAAAAAUAUAUAUACAUUUUUUUAUUAUUAUUAUGUAAGGGGAAUAAUGCUGUCGACUGUCGCCAUAUUCUUCCUUAGAAUCAAAAGAAGCCUGGGCUUAUUUCCUGUUUAAUGUUGUACAGAAUCUUAGUGUGCUGAAUUUAACUGUGGUGAUAUAAAUAUGAUUAAAUGAUUAAGUUGGGUUGCACAGUGAACUUUUUUCACAUUAUUACCAUAAACAUUAAUGUCUUUACUUGAAAUGUUACUUGACCAACAGA